AUGCAGACGAUCGAGAAAGCCCUGCAUCAACCGAUGCCCUUCACAACUGGUGGACAAACCAUAUCGGAUAGGUUGAAUGCCGCAAAACACUCGCUGGCUGGGAGUCAACUCGGGAAAACAAUCUGCAAAGCGACCACCGAGGAGUUGAUGGCCCCAAAGAAGAAACAUCUUGAUUAUCUCCUUCACUGCACAAACGAGCCCAAUGUGUCAAUACCGUCGAUGGCGAACUUGUUGAUCGAGCGAACGCAAAAUCCAAACUGGACGGUCGUCUACAAAUCCCUCAUCACCAUUCACAAUAUUAUGUGCUACGGAAAUGAGCGCUUCUCGCAAUACCUCGCCUCGUGCAACACGACUUUCAAUCUCGGGAAUUUCCUUGACAAGAACUCAACUCAAGGAUACGAUAUGUCCCAACACGUGCGCCGAUACGGGAAAUACAUCGGCGAGAAAAUCGCCACAUACAGAGUUUGCGCUUUCGAUUUUUGCAAGGUGAAACGUGGUCGUGAGGAUGGACUCCUUCGCACGAUGCACACCGACAAGCUUCUAUCAACGUUACCGAUUCUUCAGAAUCAAAUCAACGCCUUGCUCGAGUUCCAAGUGAAUGCGAGCGAGUUGAGCAAUGGGGUGAUCAACUGCUCGUUUAUUCUUCUUUUCCGUGAUCUCAUUCGUCUCUUCGCUUGCUACAAUGAUGGUAUGAUCAACUUGCUCGAGAAAUACUUUGACAUGAACAAGAAGCAGUGCCGUAACGCACUUGACACAUACAAGAGUUUUUUGAAUAUGUUGGACAAAGUGUCGGAAUUUUUGCGAGUCGCAGAAAGUGUCGGAAUUGAUAAGACGGAAAUCCCCGAUUUGACGCGCGCGCCCGCUUCACUUCUUGAGGCACUUGAGAGCCAUCUUCAUCAUUUAGAGGGUGGACGUGGACCCCCACCUGGAUCUCAACCACCGCCACAGAUUCAACAAUUCUCAUCGGCCGCUUAUGGAGCACCAAAUGUGGGAGGAGUUGGUGGAGGUGCACAGACGGACAUGGACCGACAAAAAUACAUCGAGAUGGAGAAAGAACGGAUGAAACAGUUCGAAAAUCAACGACAACAGGGCGGACCUGCAGGCGCUGCAUUCAAUCCAUUUGCCACCGGAGCCGCCGUUCCACCAGGUCGAACGCAAAAGGCUACGGAUACAGAUCUUGUCGAUUUAUUUGCGGCUCCAAUUCAACAACAACCCGCCAUCGAUCCAUCGAAUCCAUUUGCCGCGUUUGGAGCCCCGGUUGCGCAGAAUCAAUCCGCUCAACAACAGCAGCAUACACCUUUCUACCAACAACAGCCUUCAAUUGUGCCUUAUGGAGGUGCCACAUCGUAUGGAGCUCCGGUGUACACGAAUGGUACGUCGUCUGUCUACCCGUCGAUUCCCUCAAGUUCGGCCACCUUUUCACCGGACUUUUCACGAGCUUUCGCCAUCGCCACCACAAGCACCACUACCGUACCCGUCACCCAGGGAAUGGGCUUUAAAGACGACACUGCGUCGUUUAACCCGUUCGCUAUUGGGACUGCGGCGACUCAAGGAGGACAAUGGGCUGCAGACUUUGGACAGCAACAGGGACAGGAUCUCGGUUUUGAUCAAGGCGUCCACGGUGCUCUGCCCGGAAAUGCGAACCCAUUUGGAGUCACUGCACCACCCAACACUGCACCGCCGGCUGUUGAAACUGUGCAGCCACAAUCCGGCAUCUCAGCUCAGUCAAGCACUGCAUCCACCCCAUUGCCCAUUGCUGGUGCAAAUCUUGGCAUUUAUGAGAACACCCCUUUUUCGAGAAUGGAUGGAAGUUACACGACCCAGUCAAUGUUUGAUGCACAAGCGGCUCCGCAAACGCAACCGAAUCCACAAGAUCAAACAAAUGUGGACUCGGCUCUGUCGUCGUUGGCCAGCAAUCUCACCAUCUCGGGGGCACAAAAUGAUGUGAAACCGGUUCAAUGGAGUGGAAUGGGACAACCAGCCCGACCAAAUCCACCAGUUGGCACCUCCACGUACAAUCCGUCACCUAUGGCAUUCUCGCAGCCUCCCGCUUACGGUGCCCCCAACUAUGGAAUGCCCGCGUAUGGAGGAGCUCCAGCGUAUGGACAACCGCAAAUGUGGCCACAAAUGGGAAUGCAGGGUGCUCCUGGAAUGUACGGAAUGCAACAACAACCAGCCUACGGAGGACAACCCGGUGCCUAUGGCUACCCGCAACAGGGUCAACCGACCGCUCAAGUGAACCCACAAGCCGGUGGAGCUGCCGACACGUCGAAUCCUUUCGGAAAUCCCUUCAGU